AUGAGAAUAUCUAAUGCCUUGACGAUCUGCGCGAUCAUCGCCGUCAUAUCCGGCCUGUCGUCGUGCACCGCUGUGACGGCAUGGUCAGUCACAGGGCAUCACCCAGCAUCAGUGGGCCAUCACGCAGCAGGCGUGGGUCACCACCGUCAUUAUCAUCAAACAGCCAGCCAGCACAGCCAAGCUCUGACACACUCUUUAAGCCAAGACCCGUCUCAAUACAGUCACAGUCAGUACAGUCUCGACAACGAAUACAGUCACGACGAAGGCGACAUGCUGCGUCGGGUUGAGUCGGUGCGGCAGCAGCAGCAAGAGCGGGACAGUCAGCCCCCACCGCUCUUCACUGCUGUGGCUGCUGCUGCUGCGUCAGGCGAACCCUUCCUCCUCGACUUCCCUCUCAAAAGGGCUUCUGCUGCUGCUACAACCGCUGCUACAAAUGCUGCUACAGCUGCCGCUGCUACAGCCGGAGCAACUGGGCGGCAACCCAGAAGGAGGAGGCGAACAGUGAUCAUCGGCCCGGUCUCCCUGCAUCGUGCCGCUACAGCCGCAGGAUACCAGCCAUCUAAGAACCGCCCACAAGGCGCCUGCACGUCGCUCAAGAAAGUCUUCAUAAUCAACGUGACCUCUGCUGCUGAUUUCGCUGCCAGAGCCUCCCUCCCGCCCACAACCACCGUUAUCCUGUAUUUGAGAAAGGAUCUGACGCUGCCGAAAGGGGUGUUUUUCCGUCGGCAGCAGUCGUGCACGAUCCUCAUGUCGUCGAAAUGGCCUGGUUACACGCUCACGGGUGGUAACCCUAUGUACCCGGUGCUGCGCGUGUGGAACACGAACAACUUCGUGUCAAUGAAUGUGAAUUAUUAUUUGCCCGUUACAGAGAGCAGUCCCGAAUGCACCACUGUGCCUGAGCUGGGGAAGGGCGUGACGUGCCCAACAAUCUCCAUCCAUCGCUCGUACGGCGUGCAGAUUGGCAAGGGCAACAUCUUUGGGCGGGUGGACGUGUUUAGGAGCAUGGGCGUGCGCCUGGACUCGCUCACGGUCACUGGAGUGGCAUCGUUUGACAAGUCGCCGGGGGUGAUCCGGGUGGCCAUGUGUGGGUACGGCCCUGUGCUGCUGCAAGCCAACAUCGUGAUCUCCAACAACGAGGUGUAUGGCGUCAACACCCCCAUCGUCUUGCACCGGGGAGCGGUCGGUGUUACCGUUACCAACAACUACAUCCACGACUACAUUUUCGCCGGGAUUCGGUGCGGUGCGGACGUGCAUUACAGCGGUGACUGCAUGCUCACUCGCAUCAACUCCAACCUCGUGAUUUCCUCUGGGAGGAAUCUGAACGGGGACUAUGACUCGGCGGGGAUCUACUACUGCACGCACUGGUUCAACCCUGGGAACUCCGCCCUGUGCAAUUAUAUUUUCAAUGGGGACCACUGUUACUAUCUGGACUAUUGCACGUCGGGCGUGCUUGUGCGGGGCGGCGCGUGCGUGAACACAUACGAUGGGAUGAAGGUCAACAACGGCAAGAGGAAUGUGAUAAAGCACGUGGCGAUGAAGGGCACGCAGGGGUCGCUGGGAUGGACCUCGUGCCUCACAGUGACCGUCAACAACUGCUUGAAGGACCCCGGGGACUACUGGGAGGCGAUGCGCGUGAAAUACUACAACAGCGAUAGGAUCAACCGGCUCUGGCCUUGGAUGAAGGACGUGUGCAAGGAGACAUCGGCCAAUGGCGGCGUGUCAUGCAACCCGCCAGGUCAGCCGGGUGCUGACGUCACCGGUGCAUGCAGCGGGCUGGGAACCGACAAUCUCAUUGACCUUAUCGCAGUCAACACCACCGAUUACGGCCUCGACUGGAAAUACUCUGUGGAUGAUAGUGCGAGUAACGGUGGUGGUGGCAGCAGCAGGGAAGGGGAAGACAGGGAUUGGUUCACGAGGGAGUGGGGGCACAGCGGUAUGGUGCAGGAUGGUGUGGCAGUCGAUGGGGGUGACGGUGGGGAUGCUGAUGCUGAUGGGAGAGUUGCUGUUGCCGCAGCUGUGGAUGAUAGUGCUAGUAGCGGUGGUGAUAGCAGCAGCGGGGAAGGGGAAGACAGGGACUGGUUUCUGAAGGACUGGGGGCGCAGCGGUAUGGUGCAAAAUGCCACUGAGAUCGAUAGGGAUGAUGAUGAUGGUGCUGAUGCUAAUGGGCGUGUUGUUGUUGCCGCAGCUGUGGAUGAUAGUGCGAGUAACGGUGGUGGUAGCAGUAGUAAGGAAGGGGAAAACAGGGACUGGUUCACGAGGGAGUGGGGGCACAGUGCCGAUUAUGGUGUCAGCAGUCAAGGCUUAAGCGACGAAGGCAGGGAGGAGGAUAACCCCAUGGCUACAGUAGCAUCCGCGUUUGAAGCAGCUUCGGGUUUCGACUAUGGGAGUGACAGCGGCAAUGGUGAUAGUAACGAGAGUGAUAGCACCACCGGUGAUAGAACCGAAGGUGCUAGAAUGGCAGCACGAGACAUUGCCGAAGCUCGCACCGAGCCUAGCCUAGGUGUGGGUCCGAACCUGGUGUGGCCUCUGGAUGACAGAGUAGGUAACCAGGUCAGCAGGUAUGGUGGCAGUGACGAUGCUUCUGGUGACUCUGCGCUUGAUGCUGCUCCUGGUGAAUCUGAUGCGAGGAGUGCUGCUGCUGAUGUGGACGGCAUGGGGUGGAGCAAUGACGAGGAUGGUUAUGGUGGAGUGCUUGAUGCUGCUACUGUUGAUGGAGCUGACACUACGGAGAGGAGCGGAAGUGACUAUAACGAGGAUGUGAUGAAAGAGGAGAGUGACAAUAACGGGGAUGUGACUGAACGGGACCAUGAUUAUAUGGCUCUUGCUGCUAAGGACGUCUCGUUUGCGCUCAUUCCACGUGGCAGCAGCUCAUUGGACGAGAAGAGAGGGGGGAAAGGGGGCAAGGAACAGUGGAACAAGGAGGGGCCAGCGGAGGGAGGUGUGGGGGGGGCAGGUGAAGGGAGUGUGAAGAGCGUGAAGGGAGGGAGUGUGAAGAGCGUGAAGGGAGGGAGUGUGAAGAGAGAAAAGGAAGGGACGAUGAAGGGAGUAGAGGGAUGGAGGGUGGAGGGAGCAGCAGCAGCAGGGAAGGUUGAGGAAGCAGCAGCAGCAGCAGGGGGAGGGUUCAAGCGCCAUCCUAACACACCCAUGCAACCACAGCGCAGCAGCAGCAGCAGCAAACAAAGCAGCGGACAAGGCAGCAAAGGCAUUACGAAACAACGCUUGCCGGCCAAGCUCAAAGGCCCCAUCCCGUUCCCAUUCACCAUCCUGCCGCCCACAACCAACCCCAUGGCCGGCUUUCUGACAUGGCCAGUCACUUCAGUCCAAAACAGCAACAGUGGCGGCGACACCUCACCCCCCUCCUCCUCCCACCCCCCCUCCCCUUCUCGCCAGCCCUCUGUCAAACGCCCGAAAGGCGGCUGCACGAGUCUGCGAGCAGUCUACGUUCUAAACAUCACCACUCCUGCCGAUUUCAACCUCCGGUUACAAAUCCCUCCCAACGUUACAGUCGUCAUGUACCUGCAAAACAACCUAGUUCUCUCCUCGGGACUCGUUUUCGGCGUGGGGUUUUCGUGCUCGCUGCUCAUGUCGACAGUAGGGAUGUGGCCGGGGUAUACUAUUGAGUAUCCCGGGAGUGACAUGCCGGCUUUUAAGGUGGAAAAUGCGAGUAACAUUGUGUCGGUGAAUGUGAAUUGGAAGGUCGGGGUGGCGCCGGGGUCGGCGGCGUGUGUGGGGUUUCAAGGGGCGGACAAGACGUCGGUGUGUCCGGCGAUUGCCAUUCACCGAUCCCCUCCCACCCUCUCUUCUUACGUCCCUCAUCUCUCUCUCUGGGGUUCGAGAGGCGCACCAUGUAUCGUGUCGGUGAAUGUGAAUUGGAAGGUGGGGGUGGGGCCGGGCUCGACGGCAUGUGCGGGGUUUCAAGGGGCGGACAAGACAUCGGUGUGUCCGGCGAUUGCCAUUCACCGAUCGUACGGCGUGCAGGUUGGAGCGGGUACGGUGUAUGGAAGGGUAGACGUGGUUCGAAGCAUGAACGUGCGGGGUACUGUGUACGGCCGAGUUGAUGUGGUUCGGAGCAUGAACGUGCGAGUCGACUCUCUCAAGAUCACCGCGCCAUCCCUCCCCUCCGUCGCCUCCCCCGCUCACAUCCGCGUGGCCCUAUCCGGCAUCGGCCCAUCCCUCCUCAAAUCCAACGUGCUUAUAACGAAUAACGAGGUGUACAACGCGCGGAUCGGCAUAGUGCUGCACCGGGGCGCCGUGGGGGUGGCGGUGGCGAGUAACUAUGUGCAUGGGUUCACAGGCGCGGGGAUCAUGUGUGGCGCCGGGCCGAGAUUCGUGGGAGACUGCAUGCUCGUGAACGUGUCGAAUAAUGUCGUGCAAGCUCCCUGGGGUGCCAUGCCUGGCGCAGGAAAAGCCAUCGGGAUUGUCUUUUCCACUCAUUGGAUCAACCCAGGCAACGUUGCUUCCUGCAACUACGUUGUAAACGGUGCCCUCUGCUAUGACCUGGACGCCCAGUCAUCGGGCGUUUUGGUGCACGGAGGCGCGUGCAUGUACGCGAAACAAGGCGUGAGGAUCAACAAUGGCAAGAUGAACGUUAUGAAGCAUGUGAUCAUGAAUGAAGUGCCUGGAACUGCAGGAUCCAUCGCCUGCCCUACAGUUACCACCGUCAACUGUCUCAAGAAGCCGGGGUCCUAUUGGGAGGCGAUGAGGCUGAAAUACUACAAUUCCGCUGCUAUAAACACUGCGUACCCCUAUCUGCAGCAGAUCUGCACCCAAACCGACGUGAACGGGGGAAUGAUAUGCAACCCAGACUUCGGGCUUAAUGCUACAAUCACCGGCAACUGUGCGGCCUCUAAGGAGGUUGGUGAGUCAUCCUCGGUGCGAGCCAGGCAUUUGUAA